CCAUCAUAUGUGCCUUAGCGUAGGAACAACAGGGAGACUGUUAGCACAGCUGUGCUGGUGCUGCUUCCACUGCUGCGGCUCCGCACACAGACUUUUUAGACCGUCAGCCAGUGAGUGAGGCUGGGCUUCUUCGACAGCGUUAACCCCCCUCCUGCUGCUUGCACGGACCUCGGUUAAACACAUUCCCGGUUGUUGUUUUUUUAGAGGGUGUCCGCGGUCUGUUUAGAAGAUUUUGGAGUUAAUUCGUGUGUGUGUCUGUCUGUGUGUGUGAUUUCGAUGUUGUUGCUGUUUAAUCAACGGAACGUGCGAGACCUUUAGGACGGAGAGCCCACGUCCGUCCACUUCACCACAGCUGCGGCUCAACACCAUGGCUGCCGCUCUCCUCAAGCUCUUCUUCUUCCUUCACACCUUCGCUGCCUCAGCGCUGGAAUCGGCCUCUGAGCGAGUCCUCCCCGAGGUCCAGCCACACCUCACCAGCUGUGCCUCUGCCAACAUGGAGACUUUCCGCUGCCGAUGGAACACCGGGACAUCCCAGAGCCUCUCCCAGCCAGGAGACCUGCGCUUAUUCUACAUUAUCAAACUACCCCCCGACAGUUCUCCCAAAGAGUGGCGGCAGUGUCCCCACUACAGCACUGACAGGCCGAACGAGUGCUUUUUCAACGAGAACCACACGUCCAUCUGGACAUCUUACAGCAUCCAGCUUCGCUCCAGGGAUCAAGCCCACCUCUAUGACGAGAAGCACUUCCAUGUUCAAGACAUCGUGCAACCGGAUCCUCCAGUCGGCCUGAACUGGACCGUGCUGAAUGUGAGUUUGACCGGCACCCACUAUGACAUCAUGCUGAGCUGGAAGCCGCCUCAGUCGGCAGACGUGGAGAUGGGAUGGAUGACGCUGCAGUACGAGGUCCAGUACCGCGACGUCAACUCUAACCAGUGGGAAGUGGUCGACCUUGUGAAAAGUACAAAGUGCUCCGUUUAUGGACUUCAAACUAACGUCAAUCACGAGAUUCGGGUCCGGUGCAAAAUGCUCGCUGGGAAAGAGUUUGGAGAGUUCAGCGACUCUUUAUUUGUGCUCGUCCCGUCUAAAAUGUCGAGCUUACCAGUGGUGGCCUUGCUCGUCUUGGGUGCCCUGUGCUUAGUGACCAUCAUGAUGUUAGUGAUCAUAUCGCAGCAGGAAAAGUUGAUGGUUUUUCUUUUGCCUCCUGUUCCUGGACCUAAAAUAAGAGGAAUUGACCCUGAACUACUCAAGAAAGGGAAGCUGCGGGAGUUGACAUCCAUCCUGGGCGGCCCUCCCCAUCUGAGGCCGGAGCUGUACUACAACGACCCGUGGGUGGAAUUCAUCGACCUGGACAUGGAGGAGCAGAACGAGCGACUGACGGACCUGGACACGGAUCGUCUGGUGGAGUGCUCGCUGUCCUCCAGCAACUCUCCCCCGUCCAUCGGCUUCAGAGACGACGACGACUCGGGCCGGGCCAGCUGCUGCGACCCCGAUCUCCCCAGCGAGCCGGAAGCGUCGCCGUUCGUUCGUCUGAUCCCGAACCAAACCCGAGGCGAGGACCCGUCGCGCCCGCCCGCCCGCGAGCCGAGACCCCCGGCCCAGAGCCCCGCGGCCGGGGAGCCUCGGUCUGUAGCGCCGGGCCGAGAGGCGCUGUACACCAAAGUGAGCGAGGUGAGGCCGUCUGGCAAAGUGCUGCUGUCGCCCGAGGAACAGACCGGCCGAGACGCCGAGAAAGACGCCGCGGCGCAGAAAGAGACCGACAAAAACCAGUUCCGGCUCCUGGUGGUGAAUCCGGAUCGCGGCGGUUACGCCUCGGAGCUCGACGCAGGGAAAAUGAGCCCCGGAUUGUCCAUGGGAGACACGAGCGAACCCUGCCAGACAGACGGAGACUUGAGCUAUUCACCAUCCCGCGAAUCGGAUGGCAACCCCAUGUCCCCUCUUUCCCCCGCGCCUGUCUACACCGUGGUCGAGGGUGUCGACAGGCAGAACAGCCUUUUACUGACUCCCAACUCGACACCAGCCCCCCAGCUGGUAAUCCCAAAAGUCUUGCCGACGCCAGGCGGCUACCUGACCCCUGAGCUUAUGGGAAGCAUCACGCCCUAGGUCAGCGGUGAACUUGCAAAAAGUUAAAGACUUUUCAAUCCAAGGCACGGAUAAGCUUAGAGACCGUCUUUAUUAAGGGGGCCCAAGGUUGAGUGUUGAAUAUCAGAACUUGGAAGACAUCUGUGCCCCGCCCCCCAACACGGCUGUAAAGGGUUUGUUGGAGGUUUGUAAAAAUGUGGGUUUUUUUCAGCAAAAUGGCAAAGAGAAAAUCUUAUCAUUCAUAGGGUCUGGCAUCGUUUGGAUUCUAACAAUUCCGAUUCUGAUUCUUCUUUUGGAUUCCGGUUCUUAUCAAUUCCCAUUCUCUGAGGGAGGGAGUUGAAUUUUUUUCCCCCUAACUAAUUUUACUGUAGUUUCAGCUCAAGUGGUUAGUUUGGUUCCGUUCGUCUUCUCAUUUUCAGCGUAGCUCGUAAUCGCUAGGCACGUGGCUAACAGUUGUCUGACACAUCACAACUUACUGUUCAUGGGAAAUGUAGGAUUAGCACCACAAGCAAGUGUUGUCAGAUAAAGAUUACGUUUCCAAGGCUAAAACGCACAAAACCGCCCCACGGAUCAAUCCGGAAACACUGACUUGUCGCAUCGUUUCUGCACCCUGCCGAUGCAAACAGACACCUCGCUUCAUUCAUCACCAGACAAAUUGGCUAGAAACUUUAAAAUGUUACCAAUUUAAAGCCCUGACUGCAACACAACAAGCCCAUGGAAGUACGUUGGCCGCCGCGGAGACCCAAACUUGCGCAUUAAACUUGGAUCCGAUGAUCAGAUUCGAAACCAAAUUUUCCAAACGAUUUCAUUAAAAAAACUAAAUAUUCCAUUGGAAACAUAACGUUUGAAAUGACUCCCAAGUUGUAACCGGUUCUCGAUGCCCGUCCCUAUCAUUUGGAGUCAAAUUUCUUUCUAAUGUCCAAUAUUUACUCUCCUUUAACUCUUCUGGUUUGGUUUCUGAAAAAUAUUUGUCUCUUCUAGCAGCUAAAUGCUCUACAGUCUUCACCAGCUAGUCGCUCAUUUUGUGUGUCUGCAGUUUGGUGCUAUAAGCCAAGAGUUGCAGAGUUGGUGGCAAUUUUCUGUGGUUUUGUCACUAGGAGUCCCGUCUUUGACAUUAUAGGUAGUUAUUUAGUUCAGUGUUGACAUAGAAAAUAUUGAAAUAAGCUUUAAAUAAGAGUACAUUUAAUUGUACCGUCACACGGUUCCUUCUUAUCAUCUUGUACAUAUCAAAAGCUUUCAUUUUGAUAAAAAUCAGGUCAUAUCUACUCUGUGAAAGUUCCUUUUUAUGAAUCCAACAUUUUUGUAUGCUUUUCAUAAUGUUUUCAUUCCUUUUUCAGGCUUUACGGUCAGUAUUGCCACAAUGAAAAUGUCAUUUAACUAAUAAGAAACUCAGCCUUUUUUUAUACUCAGCAUUAUUGGGGUUCAUAUAUCAUGUUUGUGCCAACACAUGAACUCCCGGAAAAGUAAAAUACAGCAUGGCAUGUACGCAUGUAAAAUGAUCACCUGAAAAUAUUGGAUGCUUAUUCUUUUGAUGCCAUUUUUUAAAAUGUAUUUUCUAAACUGAAAUGUUUUCAGAGCCAACAGCCGAAAUAAUUUGAAUUGUCAGUCUUAUGCGCAGUCAUUGUUCUUUCUUUUUGAGUGCACCAGUUUGUAUUUUUCAGUUGCUUAUUGGUCGGCAUACAUUUCAUGCAAAUUUUGGGAAAACGUGGUUGAAUUUGUAAAGUUACUGCGUUAUAAGUGUAACAAAUAAACAACUUUCAUACUUUU